GGGAUACAGAGUGAGAGAGAGGUAAUGGAGAAGCUCUUUGUAAUGCUCUUCCUGGCUGUUGUUGCGGCGGCUACGGCGGCGCGUAAUGUUCCCGGUGCUGAGAAGGUGCAGUUCGUGGACGCCGUUCAAGUCAAGGCGGCGGAGUUGCUGGCGGCGGGUGGUGAUGCUGGUCGUGAUGAGAAGACUUUUAUCUACGGCGGAGUUGGUGGAUUUGCUGGCAUGGGCGGGUAUGCAGGGUUGGGUAUGCCGAUGCUGGGUGGCUCUGCUGGGAUCGGGAAAUUUGGUGGAAUUGGAGGUUUCGCCGGAAUUGGUGACCCGGGUGGCCUCGGCGGUAUGGGCGGCGGAGGAGGAGGUGGUGGUGGAAUAGGUGGUGUGGCUGGGCAUGGAGGUGGCGGAAUAGGUGGUCUAGCUGGGCAUGGACUUGGUGGAGCUGGCGGAAUAGGUGGUAUAGUUGGGCAUGGACUUGGCGGAGGUGGCGGAAUUGGUGGUAUACCUGGACAUGGACUUGGAGGAGCUGGUGGGGUCGGAGGAUCCGGCGGCGGUGACAGUGGAAAUGGUGGAACUGGCGGGAUCGGAGGAUCAGGCGGUGGUGGAGACGGCGGAGCAGGCGUCGUUCCAGUCGGUGGCUCUGUUCGGCCAUAAAUUGAUGUUAAAAUGUUAAUUUCCACCCAAUUAUCUCGUUUUGUU